UCUCGCCCUUGCCUGUCGGCUGGCCGACCUCAGCUGGCUGGCAGGUGCUGGUGAAACUGACACCGACUGUCUGCUCGUUGUGCCUGACCCCCCUAGCCUCCUAGAAUAAUAACGACGGCGAUCACAGGUAGGCUAUGGAGCAGGCCACGUCCACCAAGCACGGCGGCGGGCCAGACCCUCUCGACAGCCAAGGGCUCUGCCUGCUGUCUCUCGAUGGCGGCGGCGUGCGCGGGCUCUCGACGCUCUACGUCUUGAAAAGCGUCAUGGAUCGCUUAAACCACGAACGGAAUACAGCCGGCCUGCCUCCAGCGAAGCCAUGUGAGGUGUUUGAUCUUAUCGGAGGCACUAGCACCGGCGGGCUUAUUGCGAUCAUGCUGGGCCGGCUCGAAAUGGACGUCGAUGAAUGCAUUACUGCAUAUAGCGAUCUCGCGGAGGCGGUUUUCGGCGAGAAGCAGAGCCGUAUUCCCAUCAACUUCAUGGGCAAAGUCAAGUCGCGAUUCGAUUCUGCAAAGCUAGAGACUGCGAUCAAAAAAGUGGUGACUCAGAGUGGCGCGUCGGUCACAGACUUGUUCAAUGAUGGGACUGAGCGGGGAUGUCGAACUUUCGUAUGCGCUAUUGAUCGUGAUACGAAGGACAUGGCCCGCCUUCGAAGCUAUAGCCUCCCCGAUGAGAUGGGUAUUCGCGCGACAAUUUGCCAGGCCGCGCUCGCCACAUCCGCUGCCACAACCUUCUUUGAUCCUGUUAGCAUUGGAAAUCGCACGUUCGCUGAUGGCGGGCUUGGUGCAAAUAAUCCAGUAGACGAGGUAGAAGGGGAAGCAGGGAGCAUCUGGUGCUCAGAAACGGGAGACUUAAAGCCUCUAGUUAAAUGUUUUAUCUCAAUUGGGACAGGAAACCCAGGCAAGAAGCCAUUCGAAGACAGUGUGAUUAAGUUCCUUAGCCAGACCGUGGUACAGAUUACUACGGAGACGGAGGCAACGGAGAAGAAGUUUAUCGCUAGGUGGGCUAAACAUUUUGAUGAAAACCGGUAUUUCCGCUUCAAUGUUGAGCAGGGGCUUCAGAAUAUUGGGCUUCAUGAAUAUAAGAAAAAGGGCGCUAUUGAAGCGGCUUCGGAAGGGUAUCUCACCCACAUGGCACAAAAGUUCCGGGUACGAGACUGCAUCCAGAACUUGAGGCUGAAACAGAGCGUGUACAUUCAGGACUUUUCGUAG